CAAGAAGAGGAGUUGCAUCACCCACAACGUGAGUUGCGAUCUACCGACAGACAUCGACAUUCUCAUGUCAGGGUUCAGCUGCACUUCGUACAGCAGCUUGAACAACCAAAGCCAUCUGAACCUCAAUGCAGUUCAAGAAUCAAAGGCGGUUGCCUCAGUGGACACCUUCAAAGGUUGCGUGGGCUUGAUUCGCUACACCCGCCCACGGCUUUUCCUUUUGGAAAAUGUCCCCAGAAUUGAUGCCGUUGAGGAAGAUCAGUCAUCCAGCAAUUUGGAUCAGUGUCUCGCUAUCCUGCGCAACGUGCCACGGCUUUCAAAAGAAGACACAGGCCCGGACUUGUGCUACUCAGUAAAACCAUUCUUGAUGAACACACUUUGGUAUGGACUACCCCAAAACAGGGAACGGGUGUACGUAGUUGGAGUGAAGACUUCCGGUGAUGAGCUUGGAGUGCAUCCUGACGUGUAUUUGGAGCGGGUGCAGCUAUAUCUAUCGAAGAUGUAUGUGAAUCCUCCCUCUCCAGAUGAACUGUUGUUCGAUGAUGACCACCCUGCUGUACUUGCUGAGCUUGAGCGCUUGCAGAAAGUAAGAAGCAAUAAUGGGCUGAGCACCGGGGCAUCUUCAGAUAAAUCUCAGAAUUGGGUCAAGAUGCAUAUGAACUUGGCUGAAAAACGUUCCUUGCAGACUGUUUGGCAUUAUGCAAUUUUUGUUACCGAGGGCUUUGCUUUUGACAAAUCAGGGAGUUGGGGAAGGGGGGAGUCAGGCGGUAUCCCUUGGCCAAUAAAGCCGCCGGAUUCUUUGGCAUCCAGUCCUUGGUAUCAAUCCAUGCCAGGGCGUAUGCGGGAAGUGCUGUUCUUGGAUCAUGCUUCAUUGGAAGUAUAUGUGUUGCCUUACGUUAUGAGUCAUGAGUCAUUUGUUUGCGCAGUGUGCUUUAUCUUUUGUGGGAAGGUGCUAUCCCUUGCCGCUCUUGACAGUCAAAAGAAGGAUGCCGACGUUGCGUACGCAGACGUCUAUCACAGUGCGACACGUUUCAACACAGGCCCCAAGACUCACAUCCCGAUUGCUUUGCCUUAAUCAGUGCUGUACAGCUUUGCUCGGAAUCGCUUGGUUAUCGGUGCAUUGCUUAGCUCGAGUUCAGUGUGGGGUGACUGGGAACUGUGUGUGGCAGCAUAUUCAUAGAUUUCAUAUAUAUAUAUAUAUUGUAUAUCAUGUAUCCUAUCCUGUAUCCAUGCUGCAUGCAUGCGAGGAAGGGAGAUGUUGAAGUUCCAGGGGCUGGAAUAUGAAGAGGAUACUUUGGAAGGGUUUACCGAAACCCAGCUUUGCAAUUUGGCUGGAAACGCGUGUUCUGGAACUGUGAUGGGGGCAACUUUGCUGGCAAUGCUCGCUGCAUAUGAGAUGCAUACAGCAUCUGAUAACGAGGAAACAGGAUGCAUUGACCAGAUGCUGACCAGCAUGCAAGUGGUCGGCAAGACUUUAUACAGCCCAGAAAACUCUGGCAGCGAUUGAAAAACAAUCGCUCUGACUCUGACCGCAAACAGAACUUAAUCGACUGCUCCC